CCGCUGGUGCCCGUCCCAGUGAGCAUUCUUGGGCAGCGAGGCAGUGAAGAAGUGCUGGCUUUUCCACUUUACAUUUUAUAUGAAAAUGGAGAGACAUUCCUCACCUAUAUCAACCUGCUGCAGAGUGCUGGAAAUCUUGGCAAACUGCUUGGCCCUUUGCCCAUGCACCCUGCUGCAGAAGACAAUUACGGCUACGAUGCCUGUGCUGUCCUGUGCCUGCCUUGUAUUCCAAAUAUCCUGGUGAUUGCCACUGAAUCGGGCGUGCUUUAUCACUGUGUGGUGCUGGAUGCAGAAGAGGAUGAGGAGCAGUCAGAAAAAUCGUGGGACCCAAGAUCUGAUCUUGUUCCUUCCCUGUACGUGUUUGAAUGUGUUGAGCUGGAACUUGCACUGAAAUUGGCAUCAGGAGAUGAGGAAGAGUCUUUGGAGUCUGAUUUCUCUUGCCCAAUCAAACUGCAUCGAGAUCCCAAAUGCCCUACUAGAUACCACUGCACACAUGAAGCGGGUGUUCACAGCGUGGGGUUGACAUGGAUCAGCAAACUGCAGAAGUUCCUUGACUCAGAUGAAGAAGACAAAGAUGGUUUACAAGAGCUGCGUGCAGAGCAGAAGUGCUUUGUUGAACAUAUUCUUUGUACAAAGCCAUUGCCAUGCAGGCAAUCCGCUCCAGUUAGAGGAUUUUGGAUAGUAUCUGAUGUGCUGGGACCCACAAUGAUCUGCAUCACAAAUACCUAUGAGUGCAUCACAAGGCCACUCCUAACUGCAGUCCAUCCUGCAUCUCCUUCUCUACUAUGCACCAAAGAAGACAAAGAUGAUGCUACUUCUCCUCUCCGUGUCCUGGCUGAAUCACAGCAUUCAUUUGAGAAGCACAUCCAAAGCAUCCUGCGGCGUAAUUCUGCCAACCCCUUGCUCCUAAAAUCUGCUGAUAAAGAUGCUGCUCCUCCCCCUGAAGAAUGCCUUCAGCUUCUUAGCAGAGCCACGCAAGUGUUCAGAGAGGAAUAUAUACUGAAACAGGAUCUGGCAAAAGAGGAAAUUCAGCAAAGAGUGAAGUUGCUGUGGGGACAGAAGAAGAAACAACUGGAAGACCUUAAUUACUGUCGAGAGGAAAAGAAAAGCUUGCGAGAAAUGGCUGAACGGUUGGCUGACAAGUAUGAGGAAGCCAAAGAGAAGCAAGAAGAUAUUAUGAAUAGGAUGAAGAAAGUGCUUCGUAGUUUCCAAUCUCAGCUUCCUGUUAUAUCAGACAGUGAAAGAGAUAUGAAGAAAGAACUGCAGACAAUCCAUGACCAGCUGCAGCACUUGAGCAAUGCAAUCAGACAGGUUAAAAUGAAGAAGGAAUACCAGCAGAAAAAGAUGGAAAAGGGCGUCAGCCCACGAAAACCCAGCAUCACCCUCAGUGCCUACCAGAGCAAGUGCAUCCAAACCGUUCUGAAAGAAGAGGGAGAACGCAUAAGGGAAAUGGUAAAGCAGAUCAAUGACAUCAGAGGCCAUGUGAACUUCUAACAUCUCCAAGAGAAUAAACCUACAAUAAAAGGCUGGAUAAGUUUUCAUUAUUCCCUAGUAAUUCUCCUUAUCUAGUCAACAUUCAUACACUGAACAAUAUGCCUUUUCUUUAUUAUUUUGUAAAGAUCAGUUAUGAAUUAAAAUACUUUUGAUAAGACUCCUCA